GCAUCUACGUCUGUGCUAAGUGUGGUCACGAGCUGUUCUCCAGCCGUGCGAAGUACGAGCACUCGUCCCCGUGGCCAGCCUUCACCGAGACCGUCCAGGAGGACAGCGUGUCCAAGCGCAAGGAGCGACCGGGGGCUUUGAAGGUGUCUUGUGGCAAGUGUGGCAACGGGCUCGGCCACGAAUUCCUCAAUGAUGGGCCAAAGAGGGGGCAGUCCCGCUUCUGAAUAUUCAGCAGCUCGCUGAAGUUCGUCCCGAAAGGCAAAUCAGACAAGGACCUGAAGGAGAAGUAA